AUGGCGGAGUUACGGCACCGCGGAGCCAAAGACACCGAGCCGCCGCUGCAGCCGCCAGAGGACAAGGGUUCAGACAGUGAGCUGAAGGCAGACAAAGAUGGGAUUCCUGAUCGCGAAUCCAAGGUGGAUUCUGGAGUCCCAUUGGUGCCGGUUCCUCCUGAUGACACCCCCGAGGUUCUCAACAAGGCCUUGUCUGGGCUCUCCUCAAGGUGGAAGAACUGGUGGGUUCGAGGCAUCCUCACACUAGCCAUGAUCUCCUUCUUCUUCAUCAUCAUCUACCUGGGUCCCAUGGUUCUUAUGAUGAUUGUCCUCUGUGUUCAGAUUAAAUGCUUCCAUGAAAUUAUCGCGAUUGGUUACAGUGUUUACCACUCCUACGACCUGCCCUGGUUCAGGACCCUGAGCUGGUACUUCCUGCUGUGCGUGAACUACUUUUUUUACGGCGAGACCGUGACUGAUUACUUCUUCACUCUGGUGCAGAGAGAGGAGCCGCUCCGCAUCCUCAGCAAAUACCACCGUUUUAUCUCCUUUGCUCUUUACCUCACAGGUUUCUGCAUGUUCGUGCUGAGUUUGGUGAAGAAGCACUACCGUCUGCAGUUCUACAUGUUUGGGUGGACCCAUGUCACGCUGCUGAUCGUGGUGACUCAGUCUCACCUCAUCAUUCACAACCUGUUUGAGGGGAUGAUCUGGUUCAUUGUGCCCAUUUCCUGUGUGAUCUGCAAUGACAUCAUGGCCUACAUGUUUGGGUUCUUCUUCGGCCGAACCCCACUCAUUAAGUUGUCACCGAAGAAGACGUGGGAAGGAUUCAUUGGUGGAUUUUUUGCCACCAUUGUGUUUGGCAUCUUGCUGUCCUACGUCAUGGCCGGAUGCCGCUACUUCGUUUGUCCGGUGGAGUUCAACAAUGACUCCAACAGCUUCCAGGUGGACUGCCAGCCAUCGGAGCUCUUUCAGCUCCAGGAGUACGCCCUGCCCAGUGUCCUGGAGUCUGUCACUGGAUGGACCACCGUGCGUCUUUAUCCUUUCCAGAUCCACAGCAUCGCUCUCUCCUCCUUCGCCUCCAUCGUCGGACCCUUCGGUGGCUUCUUUGCCAGCGGCUUCAAGAGAGCGUUCAAGAUCAAGGACUUCGCCAACACAAUCCCAGGACACGGUGGCAUCAUGGACAGAUUUGACUGCCAGUAUCUCAUGGCCACAUUCGUCAAUGUUUACAUCGCCAGUUUCAUCAGGGGUCCCAACCCCAGCAAGGUGAUCCAGCAGCUCCUGGCUCUUCGUCCUGAUCAGCAGCUCCACAUCUUCAACUCUCUGAAGGCUCACCUGAUAGAGAAAGGUCUGCUGCCUGCUGUGGAGGCCGCAGCUUAGACCCUCCCACAGCAGCUGCGUGUGAAGGUGGCAGAGAGGGUGACGAGGGCAGCAGCCAGGGGCUCUGUUUGACCCCGGCAUUCUAAGAACAUAUGUUUUUGUGUGAACAAGAACACUUAAAAGAAAAGAAAAAAAAAACCCCGAACAGGCAGCCAUGGGUCAUUCCAUUUCUUGUGGGUGAGAGAGUUGUGUGUUUGUGUUGUGAUUGAUGUCACAUUAUUCCAUUA